AUGAAUCGUGCCAUCCUGGCUUUCAUCAAAGCGAUUUCGCAGAAGACCCCGCUGCCAUCGCUCGGCGGGCGACUCCUGACGUCGAGUCUUUUGACUGCUGCUCUGGAUGAGAUCCGGCCUCUGUGUCCGUUUCCCGUGUGCCCGGCCAUGCUGGAUAUGGAAUAUUCUCCAUCCCUUCUAGAGCAAGAGAUCCAGAAAGUGGUUUCGAACGUUGGCGACCCUGCCCACGUCUCCUUCACAUUGGUUUUCGUUCGCUUGGACCCGUCGACCUUCACUUUGCACAAGAUCACCCCGACGCCGAAGUACAACAUGGCUGGCUACACGUACCUGUGGAAUCUUCGUGAGGUGUGGCAGCACCUCCAUCUCGCCACCAGCUUCCACAUGUGGCACAGCAAGCAGAUGAGGCUGGGGACCAUGGCUGAGCUUGAAUCCUCAUGGGGCAUUUCCAAGCAAAUCGUCCGAUCCGAGACGUACCGUGGGGACCAAGAAGUUCUCACGUGGCCUGGAGUCAGGAACGAUGUCUGCUCGACAUUAGGUCUCUUGCUCGUUCUGGGCCUUCAGGCACAGGUGCGGGGGAUGGCUUUGGAGGCUCAAAAGAGUUGUCUCGAUCUUCUCCGGAGAAUUCUUCGCAUUACUGGCCUGCCGGAGAGACUUGUCAUCCUUCCGGAGGUGCCUCUGAAGAUUGAAUCUGGGCAGGUGUUCCAGAAGUCUGCUUGCUUGGAAGCCUCCCGCCACAACUUUGAGGGCAUGGUGCCCGUGCCGGACGUGAUCUGGUUCUUCAUGCGACUUCCGUCGGAUGGGGAUGGUUUUGAGACUCUGCCGGUCUCCCGCAUCCAGAAAAGGAUGGUGCACAUUGUCAGUCAAGCCGUUGAGGAAACCUUCGCCGGUGGCAAGGUCUGUCUGAGACAGACACCGCCUAAGCAGGCAGACGAAGCUGGCUGCGAGACGCCGUGGACGGCCGGUACGAGAAGCAGCAACGCCAACCUUGCCCGUCAAGAACUUCUGAAGCGUUUUCUUCAGCGAGGUGCCGGUUUCGUCUCUGGACUGAACAAUGGCAAAAACGAGGAUUUGAAGUUGUCCGAGACGCCCGUGAUUGGUACGAAGGACAAGAAUGCUGGAUCGGUAGCUGCAAACCAGUGGGUUACCGCCUACUUUGCAUCCGCUGCAGAUGCCUUGCUCCGCCGUCUCGGCAAGCAGGAGUAUCGUCACAUAAGCAUUUUCGAGGACGGCUCCAAGAUUGCCACACACGAGGUCUUGAACAUCUUCGUCUCCUGCGACGGGCUUAUGGUGUGCUCGCCGCUGUCGUUGAUGCCGCAGCUGAAAUUUACAGCCGACACCACGCCUGAGCAAAACAUGCAGAAACUGGAUGCAUUGCAGUUGGAGGCCCCUUUGCAGGAACUGAAGCGAAAAGCUGGAUGUGCAUCCACGAAGGAAAAGCAGCUGUGCCCGACAGAGAAGAUCACCACCAGGAUGAAGCUGCUGGCUCUGAACCAUUCAUUGCAUACCUUCAUCAAGUUUCGUCUGAGCGACAGCAAGCCUGCUGUUCCUCUUCGCCCCGCUCGCAAUGAUGAGAUCAGAAAGUCUGUUAUGGUGAACGGUCGCCGGGAGUCCUUCCUCUGGUCUCCGAGCACGAAGCAAUCUUGCUGGCAAAGCACGAAUUAUGAAGGAUUCAACAAUCUUCUGCGACUCAACAUCCUCGCCGACGAGGGCGACGCCCAGGCACACUUUCAACUUGCCCUGGGCGGGUUGGCAUGCAUG